AUGGUUUGUAUGAGAAAAGGAAAAGAAAUCAAAGUAAGAGCUACCGAGACAAGACACAGAGAAAAAGGUAAUGACGAGUACCAAAUGACGAUGGAAACCACUAUUAUUGCCGAUGGUAACACUACUACUACUAGCCUUGAGGAUGUACCCUUACCAGAAAACAUCCAAUUGUUAACGAACAGAGAAUUAUUAGGAUUAUUAACGGAGCAUGCAGAUAAAUUAUCAGAAUAUGUAACUAAAUUCCAUCCUUUGAAUGAUACGAUUAGUGAUAUUCAAACUUUAAAACAAAGACUACGUGAUUUGCAUGAACGAUUUGAUGAGUUGCAAUUGAAGCGUGAUGAUAUUAAGAAAGAAUUGGAAGAUUAUAAAGUAGUGGAAUCCAUGUACGUAAAGAAAUGGCAAGAUUUCCAUCAUUUAAUCCAGGAGAAGUAUAGUGAUGAUGCGUUGAGGAGAAAUGUGGAAAUGUAUUUGAAACGGUUAGAUAAUGAGUGUACAAAUUUAGAAGUUUCAAUGUAUGAUACUCAAGGGCAAGAUGGGAUGAAAAAUAUUGAUAUGAAUCAAUUGAAUUUGUUUGUUAAAGAAUAUUUAGAGAAAAGACAGAAAUUCCAUUUGAAUCAAGAAAAAUUGAACACAUGGAAUGAACAAGGGAGUCUGAGGCUGUGA